UGCGUAACAAGAUAUUUCAACUCAGAAGAUUUCCUAACAUUUUCGCCAUGGCACCGCCACAAAACGGAUCUAACCUAACGGGGAACUUUACAAACCAGUUCGUGCAGCCGCCGUGGCGCGUCGCGCUCUGGUCGGUGGCUUACAGCUCCAUCCUUGCGGUCGCGGUGUUCGGGAAUCUCAUCGUGAUGUGGAUCAUUCUGGCGCACAAGAGGAUGCGAACUGUCACCAAUUACUUUCUGCUCAACCUGGCGUUUUCUGACGCGUCGAUGGCAGCCUUUAAUACUUUGAUUAAUUUUGUUUAUGCCACGCACGGUGACUGGUACUUUGGAGAAUCCUACUGCAAAUUUCACAACUUUUUCCCUGUCACAUCCGUGUUUGCGAGCAUUUACUCUAUGAGUGCCAUAGCUGUCGACAGGUAUAUGGCCAUUAUUCAUCCCCUGAAACCACGUUUCUCUGCCACAGCCACUAAGGUGGUCAUUGUGUGUAUCUGGGUGCUGGCGGUGGUUUUGGCCUUUCCCCUCUGUUUCUUUUCAACCAUCAAAAAAUUACCCAGGCGGACCCUUUGCUACGUUGCCUGGCCCAGACCUGCAGAGGACCCUUUCAUGUAUCAUAUCAUAGUGGCAGUGCUGGUAUACAUUCUGCCCCUUGUGGUGAUGGGUAUUACCUACACUGUUGUUGGAUCGACACUGUGGGGAGGAGGGAUACCUGGUGACUCAUCGGACAACUACCAGGGCCAACUCCGAGCCAAACGGAAGGUGGUAAAAAUGAUGAUUAUCGUGGUGGUGACCUUUGCCAUCUGCUGGUUGCCAUACCACGUAUAUUUCCUUGUUACUGGCCUGAACAAGCAACUGGUUAGAUGGAAGUUCAUUCAGCAGAUCUACUUGUCAGUCAUGUGGCUUGCCAUGAGCUCCACCAUGUACAACCCCAUUAUCUACUGCUGCCUGAAUAGCAGGUUCCGGGCCGGCUUUAAACGGGUUUUCCGCUGGUGCCCGUUUGUGCAAGUGUCUGACUAUGAUGAGAUCGAGCUCCGAGCCAUGCGGCUUAAAGUAGCACGUCAGAGCAGCAUGUACACACUUUCGCGAAUGGAGACCACCGUUGUCGCUGUGUGCGACCCCUCAGAGCCUUCCGCCCACCCUGCCAGGAAGAGUCUUCACAACCACCAGCACAACGGAUGCUCUAACCCUGCCAAGAGCAAAGAAGUGACAUAUACACAAAUUGACCCGAAGGAGGAAUUCUGCUGAGAAGGACUUUGAUGUGAGGAACGCCAGCUGUGGCCCCACAGAUAAAAACAUAUUUUUCCAAUGUUCAUGUGCACAUUGCAAAUACUGCAUAUAUAUUAGUGAUUCUGCAUGGAUAAUAGACUUUUUAAAAGUAUUUUUAUUUUUGAAAUCAUUUCAAAUCCUUUAUGUGCACUUUUGUGACACAUUGUAUCCUUGUCUUGGGAAAACUGUAAGGAUAAGGAACAAGGAUUUUCCAAGGAUGUGUCCAUAAUGGAAGUAGUCAUUAAUUUUUUUUUUUUUUUUUUUUUUUUAAGAAAGAAGAUUUUAUGUAUUAGUGCCAUUGUUUUAAAGUAAUACAAUGUAAUAUACAUAUGUAGUGGGGUUCAAAAGUCUUAAGCCACAUUGAACAUUUAGGAUUCAAAAUAAGCAUUAUGGUGUAAAAUGAAGAGGAAUACUAAUGUUGACUUCAAAUGGACCUGGGAAGCUCGUACCUCACAUUGUCACACAUUCAAGUGAGAAACAGAAUACGGAAGAAGCCCAAAUUAAACAAAUGCACAAUGAACGAUGGCAAAAGCUCUUUUUCUGUUGUACCGGCUCUUUUAAAUAAGUGAAAUAAUUUGGAUGAAGUGAUAUGGAACCGUUACGUGGUCAAGAAUAGGAAAUACUUCAUAGCUGUGCAUUUACUAAAAAAUAAUUGCACACCUUAGAAAGUAUGUCAUACAAUCAGAAUCAAGCAUUC